UCUUUCUUUUUUUUUUUUAUUAUUUUCUUUUCUCUAAUCAAAUAAACCAAAAUAUUCAAGCUAUAAACUAUGGAGGAGAUUGGAAUUCAGAUUAAACAAGAAGUCAAAGAAACAAGCACGACCAUUCUUCCAAAAGGAGAACAACUCGAAGACUUAUCGGAGAAAGACUUGUAUGUUAAGUUAAAGAAGCUUCAGAGAGAUAUAGAGUUCAUUGAACUCCAAGAAGAAUACAUCAAAGAUGAACAAAAGAAUUUGAAGAGGGAACUUGUUCGAGCACAGGAAGAAGUCAAGCGUAUCAAGUCAGUUCCCCUCGUCUUGGGUCAAUUCUUGGAACCCAUUGAUCAACAUACCGGUAUUGUGGGUUCAACAACUGGCUCUAAUUAUGUUGUUCGCAUCCUUAGUACAAUUGAUCGUGAAUUACUAAAACCAAGUUCUUCGGUUGCCUUACACCGUCACUCGAAUGCACUUGUUGAUGUUUUACCACCAGAAGCUGAUAGUAGCAUUGCACUUUUAGGAGCUGACGAGAAGCCUGAUGUAGCUUAUUCAGAUGUGGGUGGUUUGGAUAUUCAGAAGCAAGAAAUCAGAGAAGCAGUAGAAUUACCCUUGACUCACUUUGAUCUCUAUCGUCAAAUUGGUAUUGAUCCUCCGAGAGGUGUUCUUUUGUAUGGUCCACCAGGUACUGGUAAAACCAUGCUUGUUAAAGCAGUCGCACACCACACAACAGCCAGCUUCAUUCGUGUGGUUGGAUCAGAGUUUGUACAGAAAUACCUUGGUGAAGGUCCUCGUAUGGUUCGUGAUGUAUUCAGACUGGCUCGUGAAAAUUCUCCUUCAAUUGUCUUUAUUGACGAAAUUGAUGCAAUUGCUACAAAACGUUUUGAUGCUCAAACAGGUGCAGAUAGAGAAGUGCAGCGUAUCUUAUUGGAAUUACUCAACCAAAUGGACGGUUUUGAUCAAACAUCAAAUGUUAAAGUUAUCAUGGCCACCAACCGUGCAGACACAUUAGAUCCCGCUUUAUUACGUCCUGGACGUCUUGACAGAAAGAUUGAAUUUCCUACACCAGAUCGUCGUCAAAAGCGUCUUAUUUUCCAAACAAUUACAUCAAAGAUGAACUUGUCUGAAGAAGUGGACUUGGAAGACUUUGUUUCACGACCUGAUAAACUAUCUGGAGCAGAAAUUGCAGCCAUCUGUCAAGAAGCUGGUAUGCAUGCAGUCAGAAAGAAUCGUUAUGUUAUUUUGAGUAAAGAUUUGGAAAAGGGUUACAAGGCUAAUGUAAAGAAGGAAGAUUCAAACUUUGAAUUCUAUAAAUAAAUGUAAUGUUUUAUCAGAAACUACUACUACAACUACUAUUCUUGCAUUUCUUGUAUUUACGAAUAAAAAGUAUUGGAUUUAUAUAGAAACUUGCUGGUUUUUGACUGUAAAUUGGCGGUUAGUUUUUAAAUAGCCAACACUGUAUGCACCAGAACAUAAACCAAUAUUACUGGUGCUUCUUUUAUACAUGCAGUCAAAUAGCCCUCAACGUUGAACAGCCCAUCCACUUCAAUACAAAUGAUUCGCG